AUGUCUGAUCCGCCAUUACACUCAAAUAGCUUUAUGAAGAAACCAAACUUACCUGAAUCCAGCAACCUGGCAUCGACUCCAGGAUCUUCUGGAUUCUCACCAUUUGGAACAGUACAGUUACCACCAGUUUAUUCAUAUAGGCAAUCUCAACAGAUUCCACAACAAGUAAAUGCCUACUCACCACCACCACCACUGCAGCAACAACAUCAACAGCAACAACCACAGCCACGGUCUCAACUUGAAUCAAGUGCGGGUUUGAGCAACGGCAGUACAGCUAAUAGUAAUACACACAUUGCACAGCCUUUGCAGCCCCAUCUUCAUCCACAACUUCAACCACAACCUCAACCUCAAUCACAACAACCUAAUCAAAGCCAAAGCCCAGAGGCAUAUAGAACAAACGACCACAAUCCCAAGCCCAGAAUGAGAGUUAGUAAAGCUUGUGAUCGUUGUCGGACACACAAAAUCAAAUGUUCAGGUACAACACCAUGUGCAACUUGUGUUAGACAAAAGAAAGAGUGUACAUUCUCAAGUGCACUUGCAGGUCAUUCGGGUAGAUCUGCCAAUAGUCCUGGAUACUACGGUGUUGAUGGUAAUGGGAGCGGCGGAACCAACGGUGCAGGUGGUGAAUUAUACAAGAGACAAAAGUUGAUGAUUAAUACGGAACCAUUUGGCUUGCCCACUGUUGAAAGAUCCAAUGAUCGUGAAUAUAUUGCUCAUUUAGAGAAUAGAGUGCAAUAUCUUGAAGGUAUUCUUUCUGGAAGCACAAAUGAAACAUUUAGGCAGCCCAUUUCGGAGGAACCUGAUAAUGAGUUGAUCACGAAAACUUUAUUUUCUGCAAGUUCUAAAUGGAGAUUUUCUCGUCGUCAUCAAAAUUUGCUUAUUGUAGAACUAUGCCAAUCAAUGUAUGCCAACUUGUCCGAUGAACUGAAGGAAAAAGUGACUAUUCCAAGACGGCAAUAUUUUGGAUGGAACAUGUCAGGUGUUAACUAUUUGGACCCCGAAGCUUUACCGGCCAUUCCUGAUCUCGAUAAUGAUCUUGACAAGGAACACUUGAUUAAUUUCUUUUUUAAAGAGAUCAAUCCGCUAUUUGCAAUUAUUCAUGAAGCUGUAUUUAGAGAGCAAUAUGCUGCAUACACAAAGAUUGUUAAGGAAGAGCUUCUGCUGGAUGAGUUUGAUUCCAAGACAAAUCAAACCAAGUUGUUUGUUGCCAUUCUAUACCUCAUCUAUGCUCUUUCGAUUCGUUUUAUUGAGUUUCAAAAACCCAAAAAUUCAGAUAUUGAUAUGCUUAAAUUGGAGGAAAAAUUGUUCAAGUACGCACACAAGAUUGUUUCUAUUUUAAGUUUUGAAUGGGAGUCGUUUGAGCUUGUGCAGAGUUGGGUUUUGAUUACACUUUAUCUUCGGAUAACUCAUCGUCAAACUUCUUGUUGGCACGCGCUAGGCAAUGCCAUAAAUAUGACGAAAUCCAUGGGAUUAGGGUUUGACGUUGAAAAUAGUCAAAUCCGUGUUUCCACUGCUUAUGAAAAACUCAAAGCCAAAAGAAUUUUUUGGUGUGUGUUUACAUUUGAUCGAGUGUUUGGCCUUCAAGUCGGUCGGUAUUGUGGUGUUAGAGAUGAGGAUUUUACUCGUGCUUACCCUUCAUUUGAUUUUGCCCUAGAGACCGAAAAGGAUGAUUGGUUAACGUUACCGGCAUUGGCGAUGAUUCAUGUAGCUAGAGUCUCGAAUUUUGUCCACACUGCACCAACUGAUAAUCCUCAUUUGAUUAAAUAUCAACAGGUAAAUGCAGAAUUGGUGAAACUUCAUGAUUGGUUUAAUCGUCAUGGAUUCCGCAAUGACUUGUUUUUUAACAGAUCUGAAGGUAUGGGUGGUGCACCAACGGCAUCGGCACCUGAAUCGACAAAUGAGAUUAGUUUAUUAGUGAAGGCACAAGUCAAAUUGCAUUAUUAUGAUUUGGUUCUUUGUAUUCACGGCAAAAUUCUUUUCAAUUAUAUUGGACGUAAAAUUGCUAGUCAUGGCCUUAAAGUUGAUUUGGUUUUGGAUGCGUGCAAUGGUGUUGUUGAAGUAUUGGACAAGGUCAAUAAGGCUGGCUUGUUGUAUUGUCCGUGGUAUAGUACAUUGUUACUAUUAUUCAAUAUUGGAGUCAGUGCCAUUACAUUGGUCAACGGAGGUGUUUAUGUUGUGCAGUCAAGGACAAUUUUGAAAAAUGCCAUCAAGUUUCUUACAUUGCUUAGGAAAUCUCCAAUUAGAAACGAGAACAAUAAGCUUGUAUUUAGAGAGAGGUUCAAGAUGGUGCGUGAAUGUACAUGGGCUUUAAAGAUGGCGAACAAGAUAUUGUCUUUGAGGUUGGAAGAAGAUAUCAAGGCACUUGGCAAUAUUGGUGUUGAUCAUGGAUCAGAUGAAGUAAAUCAGCAGUACUUUACACAACUCGGAAGAACUGGGCCGUCUACAACUACAAAUGGUGCUGCCACUGCUGGUGGUGCUGGUGGUGCUACAGCUACUACUACUACGUCAUCAUCAUCUUUUGGAGGAAAGACUCAAAUUGUAAAUGGUAUGUUUGAAGGACAUGUACAUCGUGGUGAAAAUACCCAGAUGGAACAGGACAAAGCUUCAACUGGCACAAAAAAUGGCGAUAAAACCUAUAUAUCACAUGUUGCUCAACAACACCGAUUUCCAAAUGAAAAUGAUGGUACUAAUAAUAGUAUAAGAUCGGGUGCAGAAGCAACUGGGGCAGGUGCUACCUUGGGGACAGGUCCAACUUCUAGUAUUGAUAACCCCAUGUCUACACCUGGAAGCUCUAGUGAUUUCAAUGAUUUCAAUACGGUUGAUGCUUACUCGUCGGCCGAUAUAGAUAAUAUGUUGGGAAAUAUCCAAUGGUUUGACCAAUGGUUGAAUUUCAAUAAUAAUUUAUAA